AUGCUUUCUCAAACCACCAUUCUCUUCUUCUCUCUCCUCUUCCUUUCUCUCUCUUCAUCCAUUUCAUCUCCCAUUUUCUUCAAUCUCACACUCCCUCAUCAACACCCUAACCCAGAAGCUGAAGCCCAAGAAGUUCAAAGGGUAGUCAAUGCCUCAAUAUCAAGAAGGCGCCAGCUCAUCCUCUCGGGCCCGCCUCUCUCCGGUCCGGCGGCCCAAUGCCUCACCGGCAACCCGAUCGACGACUGCUGGCGGUGCGACCCCAACUGGGCGACCGACCGCCAGCGCCUGGCCGACUGCGCCAUCGGCUUCGGCCGGUCGGCCGCCGGCGGCAAGGGCGGCCGCUAUUACCUCGUGACCGACUCUUCCGACCGAGACCCGGCAAACCCCACUCCCGGCACCCUCCGCCACGCCGUCAUCCAAGACGAGCCCCUGUGGAUCGUGUUCCAAUCGAGCAUGGUCAUCCGCCUAAGGCACGAGCUCAUUUUCAACAACUUCAAGACAAUUGAUGGUCGUGGGGCCCACGUGCACAUAACCGGGAACGGUUGCUUCACGUUGCAAGCGGUGACUAACAUAAUCAUACACAACGUGCGUAUUUACGGUUGUACCCCUUCGGGCCACACGAUCGUGCGGUCGAGCCCGGAGCACGCGGGUUGGAGGGGUAAGUCGGAUGGUGACGGGAUCUCGAUUUUCGGGUCGAGGAACAUUUGGAUCGACCAUUGUGAUUUGUCUCGUUGCACGGAUGGGUUGAUCGAUGCCAUAAUGGGCUCGACCGCCAUCACGAUUUCGAAUAGCUAUUUUUCGCACCACGACGAGGUUAUGUUACUCGGGCACAAUGAUAAUUACUUGCCCGACUCGGGAAUGCAGGUGACUAUAGCGUUUAAUCACUUUGGGGAAGGAUUAGUGCAGAGAAUGCCGAGGUGCAGAAGGGGAUAUAUUCACGUGGUGAACAACGAUUUUACCGAGUGGCAAAUGUACGCAAUCGGUGGAAGCGCGAGCCCGACCAUUAAUAGCCAAGGCAAUCGUUAUACUGCACCGGGAGAUCCUAACGCGAAGGAGGUAACAAAGCGUGUGGACACAGACGAGGGGGAGUGGGCCGGGUGGAAUUGGAGAACGGAUGGGGACAUAAUGGUAAAUGGCGCGUUUUUCGUCCCAUCGGGUGAAGGGCUCAGCAUGCAAUAUGCCAAGGCCUCAAGUGUCGAGCCCAUGUCGGUUGCCCUCAUCGACCAACUCACCAUGAAUGUCGGUGUUCUCGGAAGCCCAAGGAGGAACACCGUUAGCAUGUCCGGUGGUGGAGGAGGAGGUGGUGGAACAAUCCCCGGUGCUGGCGGUGGCAGCAGCUAUGACGGCGACAAUUUUGGCAUGACAUUUGGGAGCGGGGCGGCGCCACCCAACAGCACAUUAAUGUUAUUGUCUCUUCUAAUUAUCUUAGUUUUGUAUACAACUACGACUAACCAUGAUGGUUUAUCGUCGAUACUAUCAUUGUCACUAUAG